GUAGAGCACGUGGGUAAAAUUUCAUGUUAUUAACUUAAACCACCAUGGACACUUUAACCAGCCCACAACCGUCGUUACAGUUCGAGGUUCCACCUAGUGCGGAUAGCAGCACAUCUUUUGCACCAAUACGACCUGUCUCUGCCUCCCACAAGAGACCGUUCUCUAUCGACCUCAGCCUCGAACUCGAACGCCAACUUGAUAUGGAGUCUCUGCCACCUACGCCAGCACAUAAUGCGACUGUGCACGCGAACAGCGCUCCUGUUAUUGCCCAUUUGCGGGACUCGCUCGACCCUGAUGUUUUGGCACAUAUUAUAUCUCAGCUCCGACGUUCUCUCUCCGAUUUAAGCAAAGAAAAGGAUGACCUAGUCUCCCUUCUCUCUUCUGCUCACUCACGCGAGGCAGAGUUGGAAGAUGCUUUGCAACAUAUGACAGAUAAGGCUACGCAUAUGGAAGAGGAGCUCAUGGAGGUUCGGCAGAAGAACAAGGACGACGAGGAAGCCAUCUCUAUGUUAAGGACCAAGGUCGAGGAAAGCAGACGUGGCCUCAUGCGCUUACAGACGGAGAAUCGUCGGCAGAGCGUACAAAUCACUCCUCUGGAUUUAUCUCGUGCCAAUCUGAAUAGCCUGAGUUUGAGUCCUCCCUCAAAACGCACCUCGUUCACUCCGCUCACCGGCUCGUUCAACGUCAGACCUGCCAAUGCACACAGACGAAUAUCUUCUGUAUCAGACUCGGGUCUCCAAGCUCUCACUAACCUCAAUUUUGGACUUGCCCUUUCUCCGGAGCACAAUACUCAGGUACUCACUUUUCCCGGCGAAAAUUCCAACUCAACUCCUUCACCAAUGUCGAAUCGAAGGAUGUCCGGGUUCUUUGCCGGUCAUUCGAGUGGCAUAUCACCUUCCAUGGACGUGUUUUCCUCGCAUAACAGUGCGGAGAUUCAGGCUCUUCGGAAGGAGAUUUCUACGCUCAAAUCAGACUUGGAAGAAACCAGACAUGAAUUGACGGAAGCAGUGGAAGCGCGUGAGGCUUCCGAGACGUGCGUUUCCGCGUUACGCACUUUCAUCGAAGAGAAUAACGUUGGGAGUGGGCCUCGGCUGAAUGGGUCUGACAAUGCAUCGAUAAAGUUGCCUCAUCCUCCCGCAUCCAGUGCAGACAAUGAAGCUGAUGCAUCAUCGAUUAAGUCCGGCUGGGGCUUCAAAUUAUGGAAUACGAAGGCUACGCCGACCUUGAACAAUUUGCAUAGCCCGGCCUCAGCUUCAGUUGACUCACCUACCCUUCCAUCGGCUGCUAUGCAAACUCCAACCCAGAUCACCAAAAAAAUUGGUGGUUUCUUCAGCAGACAGGCCAGUAUUUCCUCUGUCACUGCUGUUGCUCCUUCAGCUUCAGUUACAGCUCCAAGCCUUCAAGCGAGAGAAUCGAUGUACAGCUACGAAUCCAAGUCGAGCUCAAGGUCAGAUACGUCUUCUAUUGCAGAACCUCUAAGCCCUGCGGACGAUGAGGAUGAUAGUAUGAAUAUCAUGGUGAGAGAGGGAAGUUCGCGAUCGAUGCCCCAAGAUCCGCUGGAUUUGGUUGCCGUUGAUUUAAGAGAGUCGGGGAAGAAAGGUCUCGAGGUUAAUGUUUGAUGCAAGCUUGAUUCUCUAUCAAUGAUUUCGCUUUAAUGCUCCUUAUGAAUAAUGGAUGACGAUUUGGGGGAAUGAUGUUGGGGUCGAGGAUGGAUGAACACACACUCAACGAUACCUGUAGCUAAUAGCUUUAUAGAUCUGCCACCGCGCUCUCAUCGUUUAAUGAUCAUAAUGAUUUAAAUAUAUGUGAUGGAUCCACUUC